AUGCUCACUUUACAAAACGAUCCACCUACCUUAGACACAGCGGCGGAUGAUAAAGAUCAGUAUAAAGCUUAUGGUAAAACAUUCCGUAAAAUGAUCGUCGAUUGUUUACAAAAGGAUCCAACUAAGAGACCAACUGCUACAGAACUUUUGAAACAUCCCUUUUUCAAAAAGGCUAAAGAUAAGAAAUAUUUGCAACAAACGUUAGUUGCUAUAGGACCGAGUCUUGAGACUAGAGUACAGAAGGCAUCGAAGAGGCAGCCAGGUACAUCGGGUCGUUUACACAGAACGGUAACAGGGGAAUGGGUUUGGUCUUCGGAAGAGGAAGAUAGUGCGUCUAGCGGUGAAGAGGGCAAAGAAGCAUUACCAGUUAAUACAAUAGAGAAUGCGAGUAGCGAAGAAGAUCUUGAACAAGACGAAUUUUACUCUCAAGUCAAAUCGACGCAAAGUCACCCUGUUAUACAAUCUGCCGAACAAAAUGUUCCUAUAAAUCUGGUGUUACGACUACGAUUCGAAUUUGCCGUGGGAAUUGAUUCUGCCGAGGGCAUUGCUGCCGAAUUGGUUGGCGCAGGAUUAGUCGACGGAAAAGACAUUGUGGUUAUAGCAGCGAAUUUACAAAAAUUAAUAGACAGUGCCGGACAAUUACGGACUGUUACAUUUUCAUUGAACUCUGGUCAUGCAGCCAACGAAGUACCAGAUGAUAAAGCAUUAAUAGGAUUUGCUCAGAUCUCCAUCACGGAUUAA